GCGGCGGCCGCGGCAGCGCCCGGGAGCAGGCAAGGGUGGCGAACUGCCAAAUCCGAAUCCGGACAAGCGGUCUCUCCUCCCUCCCUCCCGGCUGCUGCUGCUGGCUGCUACCGUAGUAAGUGCUAUCGAUCGUAGAAACGGCUAUGGGCGGCGACCGACGUCGUCGGCUGCGGCGGCGGCACCAACAUCGAUCGGCGCUAGCUCUAGUACAUGUUCUACGUGAGGUGGUCGUGGUGCUGGUGUCCGUUAUUACCUAGUGGUGUUUCCCACGCCAUAUUCAUUCACUAGAAUCUGCUUUUCACAAAAUCUCCGUUAAAAAUCCUAUAGCGCACCGACGUCUUUGCGCUUUGCCCCGAUUCUCUUCUCUACCUCAUCUGUGUGAGCGCUACGGCCACACAUAAACGCAGCCGCGCGCUAGCUGCUCUUAUAGUUCUGUGUCUUUGAAGCAGUGUCGUGCCGACUUCGCCGAUCGUGACGCGACGACUGGCGGCUGCGCUAAAUGGGACUCAAGGGCUCCAAACCUAAACUCUCCAAGGAGGACUUGGAGUUCCUCAAGAAGAACACUAACUUCACUGAAGAACAAAUCAAGGAAUGGUACAAGGGCUUCGUGCAAGACUGUCCAAAAGGCCAUCUCACCAAAGAGCAAUUCAUCAAAGUCUACAAAGAUUUCUUCCCAUCUGGAUCAGCUGAAGGAUUUUGUGAACAUGUAUUCCGAACGUUCGACACGGACAAUAGCGGUUUUAUCGACUUCAAAGAAUUCUUACUAGCUAUCAAUGUGACCAGUUCGGGUACACCCGAACAAAAACUUGAAUGGGCGUUCCGAAUGUAUGAUAUCGAUGGAAACGGAACGAUUGAUGAGAAGGAAAUGAUCAAAAUUAUUGAGGCCAUCUACGAGAUGUUAGGGCCCGAGGUGACAAAGUCAGCUGACGAUUCACCACGAAAGCGAGCGAAGAUGAUCUUCGAGAAGAUGGACGUGAAUAACGAUAAGGAACUGACGCUCAAAGAAUUCGUUGACGGUUGUUUGGCCGACAAAGAGCUGUUCCAAAUCUUGACCAAUGAGGUCAAAAAGUAGGCGCAUAGGUGAACGGGGUGCACGACGCGGCGCGGAUGCCCAGCAGUUAUGCAAUAGCGUCAGAUAUACGUUAUCGAUCGAUAUAUCCCCCUACUGAUAUGUAUACUUGUAAAAGUGAUGUGUGAUGUGUGCAUGCGUAUGAAGAAUAGUGCAGAAGCCUAGAUUUUAGACGUAAUUUUGCGCAAUUCGUUCGUCAUCACUGAUUUAUUCUCUGGCCACAUCUCACUCGUCGCAUGUAUGCAGUUCUGUGUAUGUGUGCGUGAAUUGUGUGUGUGUGUGCGUGCGUGUGAUUUUACGUCUUUUACGUCUAAUCUCCCGUGUGUGUGACGCGCCCUUGUCGAGAGCCCCGUUCAACCAGCCGCCGGCACCACUGUGAUCCGAAUCAUUCCUCUACCACAUUUUGCCCUUUUUCUCUCUCCCCCCACCCCCUUCCCACGCCAUAGAAUCAGUUUCUUACUGGACUUACCUACUUAUUUUCCCACUUUAAGUUUUAGUUCUACAUUUCUAUCUACCCUACCCUGAACAAAUCUUGCGCAAAAAAUUUCCAAUCUCUCCCCUCUAGGUCAGGAUAUGUUGUUUGAUUUUAGUUGAAGUCAUUGUUUAUAUGUUUUAUUCAUUGGUAUUUUUCUCAUGAAUGCUGUAACUGAACGAUUCCAACUAUGGAGUAUCCAUGAUUCACUCAACUUCCCGUCCAAUACUCCCCCUUCCAGACAUUUUACGCUCUCUCGCUGUGCAUCACAACUUCCACGAGUCUCUUGUGGUUUGUCACUCGUAUGCUAUGGAUUAAUUCUAUGAAAACUCGUUUUAUUGGAGCUAUUCAUGCCACUUUUUUAUUGAUUGAUUUUGUUUGUCUCGUGUUUUGGUCAGAUUUUACGUCCGUCCAGCACGACUUUUGUCUUCUCUCUCGGUUGAUAUUCUCUUGUGUUCGCGCGCAUUCCCGUGUGCGUGCUUUUUGAUUAAGAUAUUGUAUAUUAAUAAGGAUAAAUGAUUUAGUAAAUGUAAUGUAAUGCCAAAUA